GGUCAUACAAACGGACAAAGUGACCACCAAUCUUUCCUAGGACAGCUAGAGAGUCAACUCGAGGGCUUCCGCAGAUCUGAUGCUCAGCGCGAUGCCUUAGUACAGGUGGGGACAAAGUUUAUCGCAUAUCCAUCCAAAACAACACAGACUGAUAUGUGGAAGUUAUUCACANAGUAUGUUGAGCUGCAGCAGCAGUUCCAUAACAAGUCUGAAGAUUACGAGAAUGAACUCGCUUCUCGGCGCAUGUGGCAAGCCCAGGCUCGUAACUUUGAACGCUCGCUGCAAACAACAACUAUGGGUCUUGAAGCGAAUGGAUUUGUCUUAGCCUUGAUCGAUGGAGAUGGUGCCAUUGUGAGUCAGCAUGUCUUCCUGUUAUCGUCCAAUACUAAUUUGCUANNGUUCCAUGACUAUCUCUACAAAGCCGGUAGUGAUGGUGGUGCUGACGCUGCCCAAGAACUGCACAACAAGAUUAGAGACCAUGUCGCAGAGUGCUAUCCCGAUCGUAACACAUCUGGCUACGACAUCAUGGUUCAGAUAUUCUAUAACAUGGAGGGACUCAGUCAUAAGUUGAAGAGUGUGGGUAUCUUCAAGAACCCCAACGAGAUGGCUCCAUUUGCAAGAGCCUUUUCCUUAAACAAGUCUCUGUUCUCGUUCAUCGACGUUGGCAGCGGCAAAGAAAGAGCCGACCACAAAGUUAGAGAAACGCUAAGGCUGUUUCUGCCCAACAUGCAAUGCAAGCAUGUAAUCUUUGGCGGAUGCCACGACAACGGAUAUCUACCCACGCUCGAUCCUUACAAGCGCGAUCAGAACACAGCCCCUCGUAUCAGUCUGCUAGAAACACUACCUAUUCAAUACGGCUUCACACAGCUCGGCUUUAAGGUUAUACAGUUCCCUACAGUCUUUAGAUCGGAUCCGCUGCCAGACAGGCCAACUGUCCCCGUUUUCGUGCCUGCUGCGAUUCAAAACAUAGCUGGCGCCCAGCCCAACUCUGCUCUCUCCAGUCGAAGCAACUCGUUCGCGACUAGUGGCGUGUCGAUCAACACAGCAUCUACACCAGCUGUAUCAAAUACGCCCAAGACUACUACACCCAAUCCUAGCGAAGGCUCCUCAUGGGCAACCGUGGGCAAAGCCGCGCCCAAAACCAUCAACAUUGCGGCUAAAAAGGCACCCAACCGCAAAUUCAUCCUCCUAAACGCCAACGAAGAACGCCUCGACUCGGUGCUGCCACGCGCCGACUCAGCAGCCACCACCCGCCUUACCGACCGGGUGCGCCACAAGAAAGUUUGCAAUAACUACCACCUGAACGGCAAGUGCGAAGCUGGAAAGUACUGCGACUAUGACCAUGGCGAGCGUCUGAGUCCUGGCGAGCAGUUGGUCCUCAAGCAACGUGCUCGUACGAGAAGUUGUCCAGACCGUGGCGACUGCAGGGACUUUGACUGCACCAACGGUCAUGUCUGCCCCUACGGCAAGGACUGUUAUAACGACAACUGUUGGUUCCAGGAUGUACACGACGUUGACACGAAAGUUAUGUCAAGAAUAUUCGAGGAUGGGGAACAGGAGUGGAACCUGAAG